AUGGCUCCCCUCGCUCAUAUCACCUCGGCUAUCAUUCUCUUGGGUGGAGUGAUUGCGUCUCCCACUGGCAACACUUGCGACCAGACCACCCCUUACACUCUCACCUACCAAGAUAUCGGCGAUAGUGCUUUCCCCAUCUUGAACCCCGUGUUCCCACCUACACCUUACAAGCAACUGAAAUAUUCGGGCCUUGGAGUCAAGUCUGUCGGUGGCGCGCUCAACCCAAACCUCCGCGAGAACGAGUUCCUGGUGUACGGCACUAUUACCACGGCCUCGACGUUGGAGAACCCGCUAAUCACCAAAGAUUACCAGGGGUCAAAGGUGAAGAGUUUUGACCUAGAGACGUUCGACUUCAAGUGUGUUCGCACCGGCGUCGAGAACUUGAAGAGAGCGUGCAGCCUCACCGUCAAAGGGGUGGACGUGAACGGCAACGCCAUCACUGAAACCUGCGCAUAUGACCCUGAUGUUCUGGGGGAAAACUUGGCGAAGUGCAAUCUUAAGAAUGAGAAGAAUCUCAAAAGCGUCAGCUUUGAAACCAAGAGUCCGAUUACGGGAACAACUUUGACGAUACUGACGGCCAUGGACAACCUCAAGGUCAAAGUUAUCACGUCAACUUGUUGA